AUGGGACGGAUUGCGGGCAAGCCAAAGACCAAAUCAAGGUCCCGAUCCCGAUCCAAGUCAAGGUCACAGUCACGGUCAAGGUCACGUUCAAGAUCUCGGUCCCGAUCGAAGUCAAGGUCAAGGUCUAAUUCUGCUGCCAGGAGGAAGCGGAGCACCAGAAAGUCAAAAAAGUUUUUGAAAUCCAAUUCGGCAUUUGGAGGAAGGCGAAGCGGAGAUGCCUCCAGAGGCACUUCAAGAAUCGACUCAGCAGCAGAGGCGGCGCAGCUGCUGGAGAAGGCGCUGGCUGAAUCACCCGUUCGAAUACUUAUGAAGGGUGAGUCUGCACUUAUCGGUCGCCAUAUAACGGAAUUAGAGAUCACUCUUUACCGUCAAGUACCAGAAGAUGAGGAUGUACCACUCUUCCUCGACACUACUGCAUGUCUCUUCAGUGAACAUUGUGGGCAGAUUGACUAUGUGGGGGUAGGCCGUGCGACGACAAACAACAAGGGGCUUUUGCAUCAACCUCACACCGUUGUCAAGAUGACCCCCAGUUCCGAGUUUGCACACAAUUUUUUGGAACCAACAGGGAGACCUCGUGUAGUAGCUGGAGACGGUAUCCUCGUGAACUUAAAGAAGAUUGCGAUGUGGAGUGGGGUGUCCCUAUGUGCCACACUUUUUGGUGCGGAUGCGCCACUCACUGAGAUGACCGAUGUGUACUACGCUGUUAAAAAACCAGGAGCCAUCGUGCCGGUUGCCAUCAUCCCGGUGACGGUGGCGAAUCCUUCUCACAAUUCAUGCGUUGCAUUUAUGAUACGCAAGGUGAAGGCAAAUAGUGAGGCUAUUUGGGAGCUUGUCCGAAUAGGGGAGACUCUCGAACAGCAAGAUGUGAGGAGUGUUGUGAAUGCUCUAGAAGGUCGAGGACUGAUAGAUCCUGAUAACUACCGUUUGGAUGCCCCUCAAAGCCUGGAGCAAGGUGCUGAUGCUUCUGGAAACAGUAGCUGUUCCGGUGAAGACUAUGAUGAUGAUGAUGAUGAUGAUGAUGAUGAGGAUAAUGAGGAUAAUGGUAGUGGUGAUAAUGCUGCAGCUGAUGUGGAGAUACAUCUUGGUGAACCGGCUAAAAGAACUGAGCACUUAUUAGUGCGGGUGCCGCGUGUAACGCGUGAAGGUAGACGCCAAUACAGUGUCGGGCGUUCAGCCCUUAACGCCGUUCUUGAGGCUGGGGGCAGCUCAGAUGAGGAUGAGGUGAUGGAGGAUGCCCUUCGUGCCGUUGUGCCGCGGUACACUAGCGCUUGCCCAGUUCGUUAUGAAGAGAAGACAUACAACGUAGGCUCCCGCGCUGACGCACUUGCUCUACACUAUGUUGAUCACCGUAAGGAGUACGGUUUGAGCAACACAGGAUAUCAGUCAGGUAGGACAGGUGGGCUGCCCCCGGUAUUCGCAGCCUCAUCGAUGGUACUGCACCGCUUCUCCGACGGAAAUACGGGUAUUCCGCGGCCAGGCGCACCCCAUGAGCUCCUUGCAACGCUGCCACCUGCGCUGCGCCGAAAGAGCUGCGUUGGCAGACGCAGUGGGCGCUCGACUGUGUCAGCACGUGGACGCUCGUUGCGACGUGGACGAAGCAGGUCGAAGCGUGCACGCAAAGGAAAGGGCCGUCGCAGUGGCAGCAAGAAGUCGAGGUCGCGUAGCUCCACUGCGAAGCGUAAGAAAAGCCAGGGAGGCCGAAGAAAGUCAAGCGCCUCCCGCCGUCGUGCGUCGAGGAAGUCCAGUGCGAAGAGCCGGCAGUCCAUUUCCCGCCCUCAGUCUCAAGGCUAA